AUGCCGCUUUACUACGCCGCAUUGUUAGGCUUUAGCACGGUUACAAGACUGCUGCUCGACGCGGGCGCCGAGGUCAACGCGCAGAGUGGAGAGUACGGCAGCGCACUGCAGGCAGCUUCACUUGGAGGCUACGAGCAGGUAGUCAAGACGCUGCUCGACGCGGGCGCUGAGAUUAACGCGCAGAGUGGAGAGUACGGCAGCGCACUGCAGGCAGCUUCACUUGGAGGCCACGAGCAGGUAGUCAAGACGCUGCUUAAUGCGGGCGCCAAGGUCAACGCGCAGGGUAGAGUCUUCGGCAACGCACUGCAGGUAGCUUCAUACAAAGGCCACGAGCAGGUAGUCAAGACGCUGCUUAACGCGAGCGCGGAGGUCAACGCGCAGGGUGGAGUAUACGGCAAUGCAUUGCAGGCAGCUUCAUACGGAGGCCACGAGCAGGUACUCAAGAUACUGCUUAACGCGGGCGCUGACGUUAACGCGCAGGGUGGAGAGUACGGAAACGCACUGCAGGCAGCUUUAGAGGAAGGCCACGAGCAGAUAGUCAAGAUGCUGCUCAAUGCAGGUGCGCAUCAACACCAGGAGGAUCACCUUGCGUCAAGGCCUGAAUAG